CUUUUGUUAACUUUAAAAUGGGUAAAGCUAAAAAGACCAAGAAGUUCGCUUUGAAGAAAAGAACCCUCAAUACCAAGGAUCCCCGUAUAGGACAAAAUAAACCAGCUAAUAACCAAACCAAUAAUAAACCUAAAGAUCCAGAAUUAACUAAAUCAGUUCCACAAGUAUCUUCAGCACUUUUCUUUCAAUAUAACUCAGCCAUCAAGCCACCUUAUCAAGUUUUAUUAGAUACUAAUUUUUUCAACUUUUCAAUUCAAAAAAAAAUUGAUAUUUACCGUGGAUUAAUGGAUUGUCUUUAUGCAAAAUGUGUACCAAUAGUCACUGACUGUGUAAUGGCAGAAUUAGAAAAAUUAGGCCCCAAGUUUAGAAUUGCUCUUCGAUUAGCCAAGGAUCCAAGAAUUAAAAGAAUCAGUUGUUCUCAUCUGGGAACUUAUGCUGAUGAUUGUCUUGUUAAUAGAGUCAUCCAACAUAAAUGUUAUAUUGUAGCUUCUAAUGAUGCUGAUUUAAAAAGAAGAAUAAGAAAAGUCCCCGGUAUUCCCAUCAUGAGUGUUGGGGGUCAUGGUUAUGUUAUUGAAAGGUUACCUGAUGUCUUUUGAUUUUAAUGGUUUGUGUGCCAGUGUAUAUUAUAUUCUCUUGAUGAGUAUUCAAUUAAUGAAAAUUGCA